AUGGAACCUCUUGUUGACCUUGGUGAGGGCGAAGUUGAAGAAGAAGUUGAUCCCGUUUCUAGCUCGAGAGAAAGAGGUUCACUCACAUGGCGUGGGUACAAACUUGGCCUCCGGAAAAACGUGAACGAGGAAAACAACCGACGACGGACCAAACGCCUCAUUUUUAAUCGCCCAGAUCACGGCGCCCAUGCUUGCCUCCUCGUCGCCGCCGCCUCCGUGCCGCCCGACCGCCACGUACACGGCGUCCUCCCCUCCCGCCCCGAAAUCGAUCGACGCCGCAGACGGCCUCUCCUCCUCCGCCGCCUCCCUAAUCGCCGGAAGGGGGAUCUUCAGUUCGCCGCGUUUCGAUACCAACACCCGAUCGACCGCCGGAGACGCCGCCGGCUCCUCCUCGAUCUCGCUGGUGCCGCCGCCGGUGAAAUUCUCCCACUGAUCUUCGUAGUAAGCCCUCAGCUGCCGCAAAUCGCCGGAGUUCUCGAUGGAUGA